AUGCUUCGGUGCAGAUGUGAUGUCCUCCUUGCUCUGUGCAUGUGUCCCCUGGCCUGCCUUGCGCUGACCCCCUGUCCCCCGGGCUGCUGCUGUCCCCGUCCGGGAUUUUUGGUUCUGUGCGAGUCUCUGGGCCUGAGGUCGCUCCCUCGCUCCGUCCCUCUGGACACGUCCGCUCUCUCGGUGGCCAGGAACCAGCUGUGUAACGUGGACCACCUGCUGCGGCGCUUCUCCGGCCUGACGGAGCUGAGCCUCAGCCACAACCUGCUGGAGCGCUUCCCCCGGGGCCUGCCCCCCAGCCUGGAGUCCCUCGCGCUGCGGGAGAACCGCAUCACCUACCUCACCGCCGGCGGCCUGAGGCAGCUGGGGAACCUGACGCGUCUGGACCUGGAGGACAACCGCCUCCGGGCCAUCCAGCCGGGGGCCCUGCUGGCCCUGACCGGGCUGCGGGUCCUCACGCUAAAGGGCAACAAGCUGACCAGCCUGCCCCCCAACCUCCCUCCAUCGCUGACCCACUUAGACCUCUCGGAGAACUGCAUCUCCUCCCUGGACCUGCCCUCCCUGUCCGGCAUGGUCAACCUGCAGGUCCUGAAGAUCAACAGCAACUGCCUGCGCUCCGUGCCGGAGAAGGCCUUCGACAGCCUGCCCCGCCUCCGCUCUGUGGACCUCGCCAACAACCUGUGGGUGUGCGAGUGCGACAUCUUGUAUCUCUACCGCUGGCUGCUGAGGGACGGGCUCAAGACGGCGUCCUGGGCUCUGGUGUGCAAAGAGCCCGUCCAUCUUGCUCAGCGCCUGCUUCUGAACCUCUCCGUCAUGUCCAUCUGCCCUCGCCUCCUGAAGCCAAAUGAGAGGAAACGCCUCCAUCCUAACUCUCUGGUCACAAUGAUGCCAACAGACCAAAUCUCAUACGAGAACGAUGUCGAUUCUGGAGACUGGCAGCUGGAAAUAUCAGAGGAAACCACUUUUUCUACAGCUCGUAAUGUUAAAGACCUUUCGAAAAGCCGCGUCUUGCACUACUCUUUGGAGACGCUCACCUAUGAGGAGUGUUUGACCCUGAAUAAAACUCAAUCUGUAAGCCAAUCCCAUUCUAGAACUACCACUCCUCUCCCUGAGGAGGCCCAGAGGUGCAGAGAAAACGCGACAGCUCCAACACUGCUGGGUAACACCACCGGCCCUGCGGGGACGCGGCCGUGGCUGUCCACAGACAGAGAUGAACCUUCACCGGCCCUCAGGCAGCAGCACUCUGCAGCCAUCGUGUCCCUGCUGGCCGUGCUGUGCGUGCUUAUAGCCCUGCUCAUGCUGGCAGUGCUGCUGGUGCUGAAACUGCUGCUGGGGCACCAGCAGAGGGUGGCCCCGGCUCUGGUCGGAUCCGGAGGAUGA